AUGUUCUGCCUCAGAAGCUGGCUCCCCCUCCUCUUCAUCCCUACCAACGCCUCGCCGGCCUUCAUCUUCCUCUUCUUCGUGUGCACCUACUUCCUCAACCGGCCCUGCGUGUACUGCUCCAUCCUCCUGCUCAUCCUGUUCCUUACGUCGUGCAACUGGUCCGACCGCUGCUUCUUCGACUUCCAGAGCAACUGGUUCCUCCCGCGGCCGAGCACCUCCGACCCGUCCUUCAACGCCACCGUGGUGCAAAUGGCAAACUCGACGGCCAGGGCGCUCGCCGGCGCGGCUGCCGACGCCGUCUCUGCCAAGGGCACCGAGUGGACCGGCCUCGGGGUGGAGUGGCUGAGGACGUUGUUGGGCAGGAGAGAGUGGAAGGUGGACUGCAUGGACGUCUAUAUCCAGUUGUGA